AUGUCUCAACCACAUGACCGAGUCACUCCCUCUCAAUCUCCAGCAGCUGUGACUCCCCGCAACAGAGGGCGUUUACCUCUUGCCCAUGUGCCUCCAAACAAUCGGUUUCAUCCGCACGGAGGAUCGGCAAAUCGAUCGCGGGGCUCAACACGCGGCCGAGUUUCCAACCGAGGCCAAGCUUCCAAUCGAGGUCACAGUGUCUCCCAAGGCGGCGGAUUGGUUCCUGCCACACCGGAGGGGGGCAGACCCCAAUGGCCCAAUAACGAGGGUCAUGAAUCAGCCAACUCCGGCUGGGCGGGCGCAACCUUUCCACCUCCCGAUCCAGUUCUGGACCCUGCUCUGAACUGGCUUGGAGAAAGUCAGCCAUCGCCCACCUCCGAGAAUUUUAUAAAUCCCGGGGGUUCAAACAGUGAAGGUAGCAGUGACCACGAGGAUCGAUCUUCUUACGAUCCUUUGCCAGAUGCCCCUGCUCUCACUUGGGGGGCUGCCCCGCCGCCUCCUAACCAGGAAACCGCAGAUACCGCGGUCGGAGGCAGUUUAGUUGGUGAACUCCAAGGCCGGUUGCAUUUGUCGGAGAGCAACUUGGCACUUGCCAAUCGGUUAUUCCGAGCUACUGAAUCAGAGAAGUGGGGCCUGACCGUCUUGAUGUUUGUACAUCUCCUGGGAAAGACGUCGGAUGCUACGGUCUCAAACCCCUUAUCGGCACCCACACCCGAAGCCAAAAACUUCACCUUUUCGACACACUUAAAGGCUUAUGUCCAAUCACAAAGCCCUUCUUUUCACAAGGACUACCUGCCCCCAGGAUACCCCAGGGACAUAUCCGCCAGUGCAAAGGUUCUCAAGCUCAUGAGGGGUCUCUUGAAGACCGAAAAAUGCCUCUUGCGCACGCUGCUCCUUCAUAACAUCAAGGAGCAUAAUCAUAGGCCCAUCGAUGGGGCUGUUCCAGAUUUGGAUGGCCUAGUUUUAAUUAUCGAUACCUUCAUGGCCGCUCGAAAGCAGGCCAGGACAGUUGCGGAUAUCCUGCGAAGUUACCCAGCAAGUGUCAGGACUCGGCUCGCCUUUUUACGACUCUAUGUUGUUGUCCAUCUUAUUCAUCGGGACCCCAAGGAGAAUAUAUCUCAAUGGGAGUUGAUCGAUCAACAACUCGAGUAUGUUAAGGGCCAAAGCGAACUUUACCGAAUCGCGUACGGCCGUGUUGUUGAAGCCAUUGACAAGGAGCUGUUUGGACAUGGGGUGAAAUUUGAGGAUAUGGACCACGAAGACAUCCGGGUGCCAACUGACGAAGAUGUUGAGGAGGAAAUUCGUGUGAUGUCUGCUAGCGGCGGGAGCACAGGGGAAUCUAGUCCUUUCUGCUGA